UCAUUUCUCAACUGAAUCACCAAGCGUUCUUCUAUUUCCUUUUUUCUUUUUCUUUUUUUCUUUUUUUAAUCUUGUGUGUGUUUUGAAUUUCUUUGAUUUGAUGACAAGUGCGUCUUUAUGGCUCUCAUGGAUUCGUUUGCGUGGUUGGGUUUUAAAUUCAUGUCGUUUUGGUAGGUUUAAUGGAGGAUUUGAUCCCGGAUUGGAAAUAUUGGAUACGAAAAUGGUAGAUCAUACUUCCAAGACAGAUCGAGUGUUGAAGAUUCUGAAAAUAAAGAAAGAAGAGUCAUUGAGAGAGUUCUAUAUCCCGGAAUAUAUAUUUGAACCAGAAUUGGAGGUGGAAAAGCUCUCUUAUACACCUCAAUGUCCAGUUGUAGUUUUUAUCAACUCAAAGAGUGGUGGCCAACUUGGUGGCGAGUUGUUGAUUACCUACCGGGAGCUUCUCAACAAAGUUCAGGUCUUUGAUUUGGGAGAAAUGGCUCCUGACAAGGUGCUACACAAGCUCUAUGCCAAUUUAGAGGUACUCAAGCUCAGAGGUGAUGAACUUGCUGAUCAAAUUCAGAAGAGAUUAAGGCUGAUUGUUGCAGGUGGUGAUGGUACAGCAAGUUGGCUGCUAGGAGUAAUUUGUGAUCUCAAACUUGAACAUCCACCCCCUGUUGCUACCGUUCCUCUGGGAACCGGAAACAAUCUUCCCUUUUCAUUUGGCUGGGGAAAGAAGAACCCUAUGACAGAUCGUCAGUCUGUUAAAUCUUUUCUGGAGCUAGUAAUGAGAGCCAGAGAAAUGAAAAUUGAUAGCUGGCAUAUCAUCAUGAGGAUGCGUGCUCCAAAGGAAGGUUCUUGCGAUCCAGUUGCUCCUCUUGAAUUGCCGCAUUCCUUGCAUGCAUUCCACCGUGUCUCCAGUUCUGAUCCGCUUAAUAUGGAAGGUUACCACACAUUUCGAGGAGGAUUUUGGAACUACUUCAGCAUGGGAAUGGAUGCCCAAGUUUCGUACGCAUUUCACUCAGAGAGAAAGUUGCAUCCUGAGAAAUUCAAGAACCAGUUAGUUAAUCAGGUAACUUAUGCGAAGCUUGUUGGCUCACAGGGGUGGUUCUCUGCUUCUCCUUCCCAUUCUUCUUCAUGGAACUUUGCCCAGCUUGCUAAGGUGAUGAUCAUGAGAAGACACGGACAGUGGGAUGAACUGGAGAUUCCUCAGAGCACAAGAUCCAUUAUUUGCCUCAACUUGCCAAGUUUCUCAGGAGGACUAAAUCCAUGGGGAACUCCAAGCAAAAGGAAACAAAGAGAUAGAGAUUUGACCCCACCCUAUGUGGAUGAUGGUCUUCUUGAGGUUGUGGGUUUCAGAGAUGCUUGGCAUGGACUUAUUUUGCUUGCUCCCAAGGGUCAUGGAACUCGCCUUGCCCAGGCACGGAGAAUUCGGUUUGAGUUCCACAAAGGUGCAGUUGAUCACACGUACAUGAGAAUUGACGGCGAGCCUUGGAAACAGCCGUUGCCUAAAGAUGAUGACACUGUUGUGGUAGAGAUCUCCCAUCACGGUCAAGUCAACAUGUUGGCUAACCCAAACUGCAGAUCCAAGAGCAUACAUGACUCCUCUUUAUCUCACCAUCGUGACUCAGAUAGCAGUGACAGCUCAGACGAUGAACAAACGGAAGAAAAAAGAAAAUUUGGAGCUGCAGACACCUUCAAAUACCCUUUGGAAGCUGAUCUUUCUCAUUUCAGCUAAAUAAAAUACAGCUUUUCUGCUUAUUUUUGUUCAAUUUUCCCCUUUGUAUAGUAAACUUAUACAGUUAUACAGCUUUCUGCUUAUUCUUGUUCAAUUUUCCCCUUUGUAUAGUAAACUUACAUGUCUUUAAUUUUUUUUUUUUU